AGGAAACUUUAUCUUUACAAUUAUCUUGCUUCAGGUGGGCAGUGACGGGAACUCGGCUAUUAGAAGGACACCCCUCCCGGGCUGUCAGAUACACAGAGGCGGUGGGACAAUUUGACAAAAUGGUGAAAAAAAAUAGAAAACGAGAGGCGGAAGGAUCUGUACAAGUCAAGUUCACUCGCGAUUAUAUAAGGCGCUAACAGGGCCGGCUGGCAGUCAGUUAGCGGAAAGAUAAUUUGCAGCAGAAGGAAGCAGAGCUCUAUCUGUCAGUCCAAACGCCGCUUACUCUGACCCGCUACCCAGGUAUCUAGAAGCCACCCAACUCCUGCUAUGGCAGAUCAAGGCAACAGCUCCGACAGUUCUUCCAAGUCUCGCAGUGUCCUGACGUGGGAACAAGUCAACCGCCUAAACAGCUUCCUCACCGAGGUGGUUCCAAUCCACGGCCGCGGGAACUUCCCUACACUAAAGAUCACCCUGAAGGACAUUGUGCAGAAAGUGCGCAGCCGCCUGGAGGAGGCUGGUAUCAAAGUCCGGGAUGUCCGACUCAACGGCUCUGCCGCAAGUCACGUCCUGGUCAAAGAUAAUGGACUGGGGUACAAAGACUUGGAUCUCAUCUUUGGGGUCUCCUUGGCCUCCGAGGCAGAGUUCCAGCUUGUCAAGGAUGUGGUUAUAGGUUUGCUCUUGAACUUUCUACCAGAAGGAGUCAACAAGGAGAAAAUCAGCCCCCUGACCCUCAAGGAGGCCUAUGUGCAAAAGCUGGUGAAGGUCUUCACAGACACAGACCGCUGGAGCCUCAUUUCCCUCUCCAAUAAGGACGGCAGAAACAUUGAGCUCAAGUUUGUCAACUCCAUCCGCCGGCAGUUUGAGUUCAGUGUGGACUCCUUCCAGAUCAUUCUGGACUCGCUGCUCUUUUAUCACGACUGCUCUGAGAACCCCAUGUCUGAGCACUUCCACCCCACUGUCAUCGGGGAGAGCAUGUACGGCGACUUUGAGGCUGCCUUUAACCACCUGAGGAACAAGCUCAUCUCCACCAAGAACCCAGAGGAGAUCCGAGGCGGGGGGUUAAUGAAGUACAGCAACCUGCUGGUCCGGGACUUCAAACCAGCCGACAAAGAGCUGAUCAAGUCCCUUGAGCGCUACAUGUGCUCGCGCUUCUUUAUAGACUUCUCCGACAUAUUCGAGCAGCAGCGCAAGUUGGAGUCCUACCUCCAGAACCACUUCAUGGGUGAGGAGAAGAGCAAGUACGACUACCUCAUGAUCCUGAGACGGGUGGUCAAUGAGAGCACUGUCUGCCUCAUGGGCCACGAACGCAGGCAGACCCUCAACCUCAUAUCUCUGCUUGCCCUGCGGGUGUUGGCCGAGCAGAACAUUAUCCCAAAUGCCACCAAUGUCACCUGCUAUUACCAGCCCGCCCCCUAUGUCAGCGAUGCCAACUUCAGCAACUACUACAUCGCCAACACAGCCGUGCCCUACAGCCAGUCGUACCCCACCUGGCUACCCUGUAGCUAAGCCACGCCUCACUCAGAACUCCAUGUUGAACUGCUGUAUUUUGUUUUUUUUUUGUUUGCCCCUCUGCCUUUUCAACUGACCUAUGGGCACAGCUGGCUGUAGUACCACUCCUGCUGAGCAGUGCUGCUGCUGCCCACUUCAGGAUGGGCACUUUAUUUAAAAAGAAAAAAAAAUUAAUGGAAAGCUGGUCUGUCUAUUCAUGCAUUGUUUUUUGGGGGGCAGCUCCACCAGCAUGCGGCCCUAUUAUGUUCCACUAUAACUCUCAACUGAAGAGAGCUGCAGCAUAGCUAGAGGGCCACACAUCGCCUCUUGUGGCUUCUCUCAGCCAUAUACUGGCUGGACUGCCCCCUCCCCCCCCAACUUCAGAGGGUUCGGGUUUUGCUAAAUGUCCCUUUAAGGGGUAAAGGGCUAGAAAAAAAGUGUGAAAAAAAAAAAAAAAAUUAAAAAUGUGAAUUUAUUUAUUGUACAGAAACCAAAAAUGGGAUAAAAACAAAGAUUGGACAAAAAAAAUGCAAAAAUGUGUUCGUGUGAGUUGUGGUGAUUUCGGGAGGGGGUCUCUGCUGAGUUGCAGGAGUUUCUACGGAGCCAAUAGAUUUGUGUUUUCAGAGUAAAGCCUUUAUGUUGUAGUUAUGAAUGGUGAGAUGGGUCAGUGUCAUGGUGCCUGCACUAGUCUUUAUAUCAGAAUAAUAAUGUACAACCUGCCUGUGGGUGGGGCUCACCUCCCACUCCUUUUUUUUUUUUUUUUUUUUUUUUGGAUUUGCAGCCCGGGGCUUCUUUAUGGGCUCCAGGAUGGCGUAAAGCUGGCAGCAGUGGGUCUUAUGUUUCUGCCUUACACUUUACAUUGGCCUCUUGUCCAACCCACCAGCUCUGUGCCAAUAUUUGCCCCCUGCAGGGGUUAUUUCUAUAAUGCUGAACAGAGGGGGCUGUUAACUCUGGAAGUUGGUUGUACUUCCUUUAUUUCUACACCCCAGCCGCCUCAAAUGGGGUUCUGUAAGGCUUUACCAAAAAAGCUGGGGUCCCUGGUCAGAACAGCUCCCAAUCCCCAACAGCAUAUCAAACAUUCCCUCGUCACUCAGUAUUACCAUGAAGUUUCCCAUGAGACUUUGAAGCCAGACUGCCCCCUUACAACUGUAGCGCCCCCCAAAUCUAGCUUGGCUUUUGCCAGGAGCUGUGGGGGGGGGGGGUAGGGCUGUAUUUUCACAAUUGGGGCACCUGCAUGGUAUUUCCUUGUCAUAAAGCCAAAGUCCUCCUGCCCCCUAUAGGUAGAUCUUGGGGUAGAGAGUAGAAGCCACUAGGCUCCUGUGUUAAUGGUGAAAUGGAUGAACAGGUGCAGGGGUCUGUCUUCCGGGCAAAUAUGGGCAUCAAAUGUUGCCUCCUGGCUUGGCCCCUACAGUGGGGCCCCCAACCACCCAUCUGCUUAUAUAAGUAGGACUGCUGUGUAACUGCACCUUGGGCCCUGUGCUCUUCUGUAUAAAUACAAAAUAAAUUUUGUGACAAAUCCAA